GUAAGAAUUGAUGUGGUAUGAGAGACAGCCGCGGAGCUCUACGAAAGCUAAACCCGACCGAACCUUCUUACCAAAAGAAGGUGACUGGUAAAGUUGUAACAACGAAAAAAUCCGGUUCAACAAUCCGACGAAUUUUUUUUUCUUAUUUUUUUACUUUUGUGUUCCAGGGAGAAAGAGAAAAAGUCUCUGGAGCAAUCGCAGCGUACACAAAACACGACCGACCACAAGGUUGACAUUAUCGCGACAAAACUCAAAUUAAAAAAAACCCAUCGGGGACAAAAAAAAACCCGCCAAAACCGACAUCCAGGCAAGCCCGCUGCAAAGAUAGAUAGAUAUUCAGCCAUGGCGCAGAUAUUACAGGAUCUGAUUUACUCACUGGGCAAUUGCCUCAAUUGCUUCCCCGGCUCGCCAACGCUCAAGAUCAAUGGCAGGAGCUUCAAGAUCCUGAGGUUGCUGGGCGAGGGCGGCUUCUCUUACGUAUACCUUGUCCAGGAUACGGCGACGAGCGAGCUCCUGGCGCUCAAGAAGAUCCGAUGUCCGUUCGGGGCCGAGUCGGUGACGCAGGCGAUGCGCGAGGUGGAGGCGUACAAACUCUUUGAUCACAGCGACGGCAUAAUCCACAGCGUCGACUACAGCAUCUCGACGGACCGCGGCGGCGACGAGAGCAGCAAAACCGUCUAUGUCUUGCUCCCCUACUACCGCCGCGGCAACCUGCAGGACAUGAUCAACGCGAACCUCGUCAACCACACGCGCUUCCCCGAGAGGCGCCUGAUGGAGCUCUUCCUUGGCGUCUGCAGGGCGCUCAGGGACAUGCACGUCUACAAUGGCGGCGGUGCCGGAGGCGGGAACGAGCCGCGACAGGUCGAGAGGAUGGAGGUUCCCAGCACCAACACCCCCGCGCCGGCGGCAGGCGGUGGGAAGAAAAAGGGUAAAGGAAAGGCCAAGGCAAAAGGUAAAGGUAAGGCCACAGAGGAGAACGGAAGGGCGAGGACGAGGGAGACGGGCGCGGAUGAGGACGACGAGAGCGCGCAGCAGCUGCCGCUGAUGGUGGGCGAGGACGACCGCGGCGCGUCGAGCCACGGUGUGCAAGGCGGGGCUACCAAGUCGUAUGCGCAUCGUGAUAUCAAGCCUGGCAACAUCAUGAUAUCCGACGACGGCCAGUCCCCGAUCCUGAUGGACCUGGGCAGCAUCGCCGAGUCCCCCCUGGCCAUAACAUCGCGGUCCCUUGCCAUCGCAACGCAGGACACGGCCGCUGAGCACAGCACGAUGCCGUACCGAGCCCCCGAGCUCUUCGACGUCAAGACGGGCACCGUCAUCGACACCAAGGUCGACAUCUGGAGCAUGGGCUGCACCCUCUACGCCUGCCUGGUCGGCAAGUCGCCCUUCGAGGCCCGCUCCGACGAGACGGGCGGCAGCCUCAGCAUCUGCGUCCUGUCGGGUGACUGGCGCUUCCCAGACGAGGGCGCGAAGGGCAAGGGCAAGGCCUCGGCUGGUAGCAACGCUGCCGGCGGCGCUGGGGCGGGUGGCGACGACGACACGAGCAUCAGCGAGCCCAUCCGCGAGGUCGUCAGGAGGUGUCUGGCGGUUGAGCCGAGCGAAAGACCGGACGUCGAUGAGUUGAUCACCUUGGUGGAGCGGGUUAUUGAUGAGCUGCCCGACGACGAAGCUUGAAAUGUAUAAAUGAGGACAAAAUAGUGACGUUUGGUUGCAUGGUACAUAUUUGGGGGUUUUAUUUACUUGUCUUUGUACUCCUUUUCUUUACAUUUUUUUUAUUCUUCUGACUGACUCUGCUGGGCACUGGCCGUCAGACAUGGCUGGUACUGUUGUCAGGGGCUGUUAUCUUUUCUACGUUUUGUCUACUCUUCUUAAGCGGGUUCGUUUUUUGUGAUGGAAAUCAAGGGGUUUGGGGGGUUGGAGAUGUUUUGGGGUCUCUCUUUAUACACCUUUUUCUCUCAAACUCAUAUCCAGUUGUGGCAUUUACCACCAUAACUUUGCUUGGUGUCGUCCAUUGGUUGGAGUGCAUUUCUCCCCGCCCGAUUUGCAAGUCAUGUAAGGGAUUGCGCCGAUGGAAGCGUGCUUCAAAAAAUGCUCGCUUGCAAACAACCCAAGCUUGCGGACAUCACAUGUCAAAAAAUUCAAAUACAUGUGUAUUAUACCGUGAACGAAGCGACAAACAGUGCGCCCGCGUUACAAAAGACACAUAGCAAGAGUGGCCAUAAUCCAAAUUUCGCAAAUAUGUCAAGCACAACACGGGUGGUGCAAAACAACGAAAAAGAGAAAAAAAAAUAAAAAAAAUAGCAUGGCUAAGUGCCUCGUAUGCCUUCUCGUUCUAAUUUGCCCUCUAAACGCCGCCGGCCAAAAUAUCAUAAGGUUGGAUGAUGUGU